AGAAAGUUUCUCAAGAAAAAAUCAACUUGGAAACCAUAGGAUAUGACGCUCCUCCCUCCGGCGUCCUCUUCCACCUCGCCACCGCCAUUGACGCCCUCCCCCUUCCCCGGCUCGACUACGCCUCAUCCAACGAGACCACCGGAGGACUGUGAGCGCGACACUGGUGCGCUGCCUCUGGGAUACCCCGUUUCGGUUGGCGAUGGCUGUGUCGGGACGUCUUCGCUUGGUUCGGGGAAACUGCCGAGUAGGGUUUCACAUCGCCGCGCUACCUCCCUCGAUUGGCCAUCGUGGUCUGGUGGUCGGGGGAUUCCUCCGCGGCAUCAUCAUCGACAUAUUUCUCACCGGCGGCAGUCUUCCCCCCCCCCCCCCCCCCCCCCCAAGGUUGGUGGCGUCUGUUCCAUCCCCUCACCACCCUGCUCCGCCGCAUCUGGCGUGUUUGAAAUCAUCGCCUGCUCCGCCACUGCUGGCGAGUGAGGGGUCCUCAACUGCUCGGCCGAUUGGAUCUGCCCCAUCGCCAUUGUUGGCGGCUCAUGAUCCGAUUCAAUUUCAAACUGUCCCGGUGGUUUUACCUUGCGGUCCUCCGGCUGGGCCCGUGAUUUUCGAUCAUAGCCCUAUCGGAUGUGCGCCACCUGUUCCAGCCACAUCAGAGGCGGCUCCGCGGAGGGUGCCUUCGUCGUCAUCACACUCUGCUGAGGUGGCGAUUGCGGAGUUUUACGGCCAGUUAUGGCUGCCUCCCUCGAAACCACAAUCUAGGGUUUCUCCGCCGCCGCCAACCACCUCCGCCCCACACCUUCUUUGUUGGAUCCGUCGAGAUUUAUUCACCCUUCGUACGUUUUCGGCUCAGUAGUGUUUCCCCGUCGCUCCGUUUGAACGGAUUCGUCAACCUCCCAAGGAAUUCAGUUUUGCGAAGGAUUUUUGGGGGCUUGACAAGCAUCGCCCCACGUUUGCGGAAGUACUUCGGCGCCCGAUGAUGGCGACUCAAGGUGGUGCCAACCGCGGGCGCGGCGGUCGACCUCAACAACGUCCGCAGCGCCCCGCCCAGCCUCAGCGGCCACCCCAGCCGUCCAAGGCUCCGGCGGCGCAGAUUGCGUCUGGGCAGCAGGCGGCCCCUGCACCUGCUGCCCCGCUCCCUGUUGCCGCUCCUGCUCCUGUGCCCCAACCUCCUCCAGUUUAGACCCCUGCGAUCGAGGUGCGUGAGCAAAUCCUUGAUCCACGCUACGCCAACAUGAUCUGCUACAACUGUGGGGAGCCCGGGCACUUUGUUGGGAACUGUGUUCAACCCAAGCUGUGCUUCAUCUGUUCACCAAAAUCACCCUGUGAACAAUUGUCCCGCUUGGGUUGAUCUUCCUCCUUGUGCUACUUUCCUUGGUAGUGCAGCCACUGGUCUUGGGUUUUAUCACAUAGAGGUGCCUUCUGAAGCUGAAACCCAAUGGCUGAACUUCAAUAAUUGUGGUGUAGUCAACAUUAAGCAAGGGGUCAUUAAUUUGCAAGGUCUGGAACAAAAGUUAUCUGCUAUCUUCUGUCGUGUUAAGCAGUGGCCAUGGCAGAUUCGUGAAGUAGAUGAUAAAACCUUUGUGUUCAGAUUCCCCCCUUGGAAAAAUGUUGCUGAACUUAUAGACCUCCCAGCCUUUGCCCUGGAAGAAGGUGGAGUGACUGUCAAGAUUACUGAAUGGGAGGGCGCCAUUGAUGCUUUUGGCGAGCUGAUCGAAGCCUGGAUUCAGAUUGAUGGGAUUACCCCCAGGUGGUGCUCUUGGAAGGUGUUUGCCCAGCUCAGUUCUUGUUUUGGCCUUCUCAUUGACAACUGGUCUGGUUUGUUCAAAAGUUUCUGCCAAAAAGUGAGGAUCAAGGUGGCUUGUAAAGACCCUACCAAAGUUCCUUCUGAAAGAGUGGUUGAGAUGAGAAGAAAGCUGUUUUUACUUCAUUUCUCAGUGGAGGGAUUUGUACAAGACGGCAGUGAAGAGGGAGACUAUGAUGGUGCUGAUUAUGACCUUGAUGGCCUUGGGGACGAUUUCAUUGAUGCCCCUGCAAAAUCCACCCCUACUGCUCCUGGUGCCAGUGCCUCUACUGGGAAAGUCCCUAUGAAUGAAUGCCAGCAAACUCUGCUCUCCUCAGUUGUGCACCUUGACUUGAACAAUCUUCCUCUGGGCUCCCCAAAUGGUCCACUGGUGACAGAUGGUUGAACCCCCUUUGGACUGUCAGAUUACCUCAACACCUGUGAUCUCUAGGCCUAGUGCUUCUACUUCUGAUGGAGACCUAUCCAAACAAUACUGCUCUACUCUGUUACAAGAACUUGAAAUGCAACAAACUGAUUCAGAUUCUGAUUCUGAAGUUGAACAGGAUUUCCUUCCUCCUCAUGUGAUUACUGAACUGAUUGAUGAAGUUAAAAGGGUUUUACUUCCUGAUCUUGAGGCUAGUCAGAGGCAGGUUGAACAUGUGGUUCAGGUUACUGUUACUGUCCCUGCUUUACAGCAACAGGGGAUUAUGAAGCGUAAGUGGGGCCCUGUUUUGGCCACAAGGCACAGUACCAGAAUUAAUAACCAGCUUCAUGUGCUCACUAAAGCUCAGCUCCUGUUACAAAAAAAGAACCUGGAAAUUCCACCGACCUUUAAAGGGAAAAAGCUGGCGAAACAUUCAGGUGGUUUGGGACACGGCGGCUGCGUUGUGCCAUCGCUGGAAACUACUCUGCAAGAAGACGUCGCUGGAGAUGCUGGAGAACUUCACCAGAGCUAUGGAACACAGACGCUCCGAGUUGCUGCGGAUCGCCUGGCUCUGAAGCCUCGCUCCGGGACCUGGUCUGUCGAAGAACUGCAAUUCCAACUGGCGGCGACCAAUUGGUUCAAGGAGCCCCUCACUAUCUAGUUCUGAUAAAUAGCAGUCAUGUCAUGUUUAUGCAUGAACUCGUCCUUCAUUAUGGUUCUGGCCUGCGUGCCACUUGCGCUAUAACUGACGUGUUGGCGACAAUUACUUUGGUCUCAUUUUUGCAAUAAAAAUGGGGCUGGGGGCUCUCCCCUACUUUUCUAAAAAAAUAAGUGUAUACUUCUUCCUGAAGAAUUAUAUGCUGCAUAUCAUUCAAAGAAGGAUGACACCUUUCCUCUA